UCCGUCUCGGAUUUCGAUGCUGUUUCCAUGAGUCAUGGCAACCAGAACACCAUCGCCACCACAACCAUCGGCACACGAAGAAGAAGAAGAAGAAGAAGAAGAAGCAGUGGAAGAAGAUGAAUCAGAAGAAACAGAAACCAGGAUGAUCCUGUCGCCACGGCUUUGAAGCGAAUCAGAAGCAACUGGUAUCGUGGAAUUUGUGCUGUUAUGGGAAUCACCCCACGAGUGUUUCUCGCGGGUUGGCUCUGUGGGGGGCAGCAGCCUGGUCCAAUUCACCAGCCAGGAAUCUUUCUCCUCUCUGAGAUCGCACUCCGUUCGGAGCCUCGAUUCGAUCGAGCUGACAGUUAUGUGAUGUUUCCAUGAUUUUCAGAGUCGUCACGCAGCUUGACUUGCAGCAACUUAUCGUGAAUUUAGAAAGGGUAAGACUAGUAAGAGGAGGAGGUCGAGGAGGAAGCGUUUGAAAGGGAUUGGAGGUAAUUCGUCGUCGCCAGUCUUUGGUGGAAGCUAAGAAUUGGACGGGGAGGUGCAUCGAGUUCUCAAGGUUCCUUCUACCAAGGUCGAUGCAGUGAUGGAGCUACAGUAUUAGUUGUGUGCACCAAGAUUGAAGCUUUGAAACGCUGCUGUAUAUGCCGUCGUUCGUGGAAGCACUCAUCGCAUACUCCAGGAUUUUCUCUACUGGAAAGAGGAAAGCUGUUGACUUAAUGGCCACAUGCAUCGGCUGGUGGCUCACUAGCAUUUAAUGAGUCCAACGUCGUCAAGGUGUCCACCAAGUCAGAAAGCAUCAUCGAACGGCGGCAAAACUGUGUGUUUAUCAUAGCUUCACACAAUGGGAGGAUGCUGCCAAAAGCAGGUUCGCCAGGUCGUGCAGUCUUCGAAACACUCUGUUGUGAUGCCGUCUCGGGUGUCCCCGCCAGUAUGCGUCCAAGUAAACAAAGACGCAGAUGAAGUAAAAGUAAAACUAGUUGGAGAUAUCACUUGUCCAUACACACAACGCGUACGCAUUGCUCUUCUGGAGAAGAGUGUGCCUGCGGAAACCUCCUUGGUGAUGCCAGAAGAUCUCAUGGGCGGCAAAGGAGAUAAUCUCGCUGCUGAGAGUCCGGAUGGAAAGUUCCCUGUCUUCCAGCACGGACCCCACAAAAUCACCGGCUCGGUUGACUCGAUCUUGACCUAUAUCGAAGAAAACUUCGAGAAUCCACUACUUCCAAGUGGACUAGAGAAAGAUGUCGCACAGUGGGUUUCCUAUAUCCGAGACAUAUUCAGUAAUGUUAUUGAGGACGCGUUGCACAACGGGGACCCCUACGCACAGGACUCCUUGGAAGCAAGGUUGAAUGAAUCCCUGGCGUGUUUAGACGAUGGGCUGGAGUUGCACCACAAAGAGGGCAAACAUUUCCUGGGCUCCAACUUCACCCUCGUGGAUGUUUACCUCAUACCCUUUCUUUCCUUGAUGGAUCUUGUCACAUACAUCCGAGGCUUCGAGAUAAACUCUUCUUUCACGAGGUUGUCCGCAUACAAAUCCGCCAUGUGCACUUUCAAAUGCUACAAGCCUGUGCAAAUGGGUACCGAUUUGACGAAAACCAUACUUGUUCAGUCCUCCAUAGACAAACCCUCCCAGCCGAUGGUCGGUUUGGCUCUUCUGCAACACAAGAGCAUAAUCUGGCAUUUGAAGGCCUUUGUGAAGCUGGUUAAGGAGUUUGAUGGGAUCAACAGGAGCCCCUCAAUGGAUUCGAUGCAAAGAACUGUUUUCGUGACGCGAUUGAAGAAGCUUCCCAAAGUGUAUGGUCGUCUGGUGGAGCUAUUGCUAGAGCAUGCUCAGAUGGAGGAAAGAGUUAUUUUCCCAGCGCUUGAAACGGCAGACCAAGCGCUGACUGAGUCUGCAUUAAAGGAUCAUGCUCGAGACUUACCAGUGAUGAAUGGAAUUCGGGAGGAUAUUAAAGGCAUUAUGAGCUUGAGACAGGGCAACUUUGAUCAUAGGGAAGCACUAACUGCUCUUGCUGGCCGUGUGGAAGCGUUUGAGGUUCACGUGAAGGAGCACUUCCAGGAAGAAGAGAAGGAGCAACUCCCACUGCUGGAGGCGGCUGGGUUCGGGACCAGCAAGCAACAGCCGAUGGUAGCGCAGGCUUUCUUAGUUAUGGAGGCUUCGCAUUCUAGAUUGUUGCCCUACUUGCUUGAAGGGCUAAAGCCUCACGAAGUUCAUCAAUAUCUGGGUAUCAUGAAGUUGUCAACCGCAGAUAAUGCAGAAAAGAACUCUAUGCUACGGCGAAUAGCGCAUGUUUUGAACAACGAGGAGUUCGAGUACGUUAGGAAGGUGGCGAUCGACAGAAUUCCAUCGCUUGGUGGACUGCCGCUCACGUCGGUCCAAGGUCGACCUGGCAUGGCUCGUGGCUAGCUUACAAGUCCUCUCCGGAUGUUUGUAUAAUUAUCGCCGUGCAUCGAACUACAGAGCUUUACACCAACCCUCUUUCCUAUAUUGCUCUUCUCAUCUCUUAUUCUUUACCUGGAACCGAAACGGGUACAUGAUUAGCUCCGUAUGUGGGGUCGCGUCAACGAGACUUAUGUGGCUAAAACCACAUCUCCUCCUUCUAGUAUCUAACUAGGAAGUCUGGGCUGUAGCAGUUUCUCGUGUGGAAUCUGAGGAAGAUGGUGCUGCCGAACGGGUCGUUGUUCCAUGGUGAGACAAGCUGUUAAACUGAGACAUCCCAACGCAGGUUGUAAGAGCGCCGCAGCUAUCUCCACCAAGCGAUGCUGAUGGGUGCACACUACACUGGAUUUCUCAACUUCACAACUCUGACAAAGACGCGAUGGAAGGUGGGAGACUCGUUGUUCUCCUGGACGAGCUGGGGCGUAUUCUUAAGCUCUGUAGAAUAGUGCAUGCAUCAGGGAUGCGCUUAAACCUCUACCAUGAUUUUGUGAAAGAACCCUCUCGUACGCUUCGCUUAUCUUAUAGCUCGGACACGGUUUGCGUUGUGAACAUAACUGCAAGCACGUCGUUCACGCCAGGUGCUUAUGUUUGUAGCUGUAUUUCUACUAAGUGUGCCCACUUCCAUGUGCGGAUCUACGUCAUUGUUGAAUUCGAGAAUGGUUGUUUUGACA